CAUCCUCAUUAACGCCACAGAACAUCAAACACACCUAGAUCUACCAUUGCUUCCUUUCCUGCACCACUAUCAAGUCAGGUGCUCAGCGCUCAUCACUCUCACUUCAAGUAUAUAUAUCUGGGUGUAUGCAGGACGUCUUCAGAGAAGUAGGCCCACUUGCAAUGCAUGCUAGUCUCGCAGGAUGAGAUAUCUUGGUACCGUGCAACACUAAUAUUGCCUGUCCUACGAGUUCAGCAUAUGUAUAUGAUGCGUGGCUGAUGAUGUGCAUGACACGCUUCAGCUUCUUAUUCACAUGCAUGAAACUUGAACUUCAUCGGAUUCUCGCGUUCGAUACGGUGGUAUCCAUACGAACGGGAUCUCCUCGCUCAGAGUCGCACUCUCACCACACCGAUCCAAACAUUCAUCAGAACAAAUUUAUCAAAGAUAUCGACAACGAACGGAACGCCGAUGUUUGUUUUAGCCAUCCGCUGGAAGUACGUUGUCCGUCUCUUGCACCUCCUUCAUGGACGGCUCCCACAAAGGUUUCGUCGCCUAGGCUCGUUUACUUUAUCACCAUCUUCAGCGCCCCGACCUGCACGCCAUCGUAUGAAUACUUCGCAGUUAUCGUCAUCGAUCCACCCUCAAUUUGAACGCAGGUCGCACUACAACAGCUACGCUCUCAAUCUCAAGCACCAUCAUCUACUAUCUUUUUCGUGGCCAGGUCUCUCCUGUAUCCAACGAAGAACCUUCGU